AUGCCGGCGCCCUUCGCUAUACAACAACCCCGCCCCGACACACCCAAAAGUUUGUACCCCCUACUGCCAGCCCCAAACCCCUACAAUCCUGCCUCUAGUCGUCACUUCACUUACUCCCCCCUCAUCCCUCUCAAGACCAACAUUACUCGUUUUAUUCGGCGCAAACCCCCAGCACCCAACUCACAACCACCCCCAACCUACGCUCCCCAUCAACCAAUCAGAGCUAACUCAACGAAGCGGAACUUCACCGCUCCCUCGACCCCACAGACCCCAAUCCCGCCUCACACGCACUCAAAUCCACCCCCCCCCGGUACACGAAUAAUUCCGCAACCCACUUUUCUCUUCACCCUUACACUACCACCGGCCCACCCCACACCGCACAACCGCAUAACUCCACCACACCCAAACAGCUGGCCCUCCCCGGCACCUACCCGCGCCGCAAAUAAGCGUCAAACUGAAGCCCACCACUAA